CGCCUCCUAUCGGCGAACUGCGCAGCUUCAUUUGAUCAGCUGGGUGCUGCACGCGGCUGGUGUGCCCGACACAGCGGUGCAGGUGAAGCGAUGCCUCAGGCUUGUAUGAACUUUGAGCCUAACAGAAGGGGAACCUAUCACAGCAGCCGUAAAACCAAUGAUCUGAUCAACAACACAGGUUUGGUUAAUGGAGCAGUUGUUUACAAUGGAUGCUCAGCUUCUGCCAGCAGAAUCAGUAGGAGCACACCAGCUGGCACACAGCAUGGUCCUAAACCCACAUACAGGAUUAACGAUUAUUUUAACUAUGGCUACAAAGGCAAGAGUACAAAAGCAGCACCCUCAGGGACCCUCAAGAAACAAGGAUGCAAAAUUCCAGCUCUCUGUGAUGCCCCAGCAUCUGAUGGAAACGGCAGUGAAGAUCUCCUGAGUGGUAACUCAGCCAAAGUUAGUGCUCCACCCAGUAACAUUGACCAAAAGGUACCAGAUCCCAGCCUAUCGGCGUCAGGGAAGAAGAAAAGGUGGAGGAGAUCGAGACACAAGAAGAGAGACAAAGAAGUCGUCUACCCGGAAAUUCUUUCACCCGCACCCAUAGAAGCGGAGGAAGACUGGGGAAAAGAGAUCCAGGAGGGCACGCGCUCUGACUGGAAAAACAUGUGUUUUCGGGUCAGACCUUAUGGUCCAGAAGACGUCCUCCGUUUUGCUUUGCAGGACCUGACACUGAAGCAAAGGGACACAGCGGCCCUGCCCGUGUCAGCCAGUUACACACCAGCGGUGCACCACCCACACCCCCUGAUAUGGUCCCGUCACAUCAUUCCCACUGAGCCAGACCAAUUCGCAGACGCUGACUAGUAAGCUGGGCGUAUGCCUAUAUGUUAGAAUAAUGGUUGACAUGAGAAUUAACAACAUCUGUUUCUAAAAUAUUUGUUUCGUUCUCAUUUGGUUUAGUGGAAAACAUUAAAUUUAACUUUAUUGGUAAAAGAUUGUGCGGUGGAGUCUAGGUUACCAUCUGGUUGUUUUUUAUUGUAGGUUCUAUUUUAUAUUUAAAAUUCAGGUUUUAUAUUUGUUUUAUAUUACAACAAAAUACUUUGGAUUUUGUGAUCUUAAAGGUUGGUUUUAUUACAACUACUACUUUUAGUUUCAUUGCUGCAGUUAGUGCUGUUCCUCACACAGGUCAUGCAUUUCCUGUUUCGUUUUCAUCUUAUAUUUCCAUUCUUUUUCUUGUCUGUGCUAAAAGAGCAAAAUACUAGUUUUAACUGUUUCUUUGUGUUUUAAAAUGCCUGAAGUUAAUACCAUGUUGUUAUGAGUUGCUCAUUUGAGCUGAAAGAUCUGUUUAAUCUGUUUAUAAACACCCCCUGUUCACAGCAAGUACAUGAAGUAACUAUUUUAUUUUGACACUCAUGGAAUAGUUGAUUUAACCAAGAAAGUAUGGUUUGAUUAUGUAAUAAGAACGUGAUUUUCUGGUUGUUCAUAUCAUUUUUAUUACC